CGAAUUUUGGAGAACAGAAUGGAGGGGAGCUCUGACGACUGUGGCCCGUGGGCUCUGGAGCCUGUGGUAAACCAGUGGGUGCUGGAAUACUUCUUCCAGCUUUACGCGGAUGCCUUCAAGAACCGCCGUAAUGAGGAUUUCGUCCAGAUACGGGAUAUCGUGUCAAUAUUAAUGCAGCGACGUCUGAAGUCCGUGGAGCAGAACUCCCAGGUUCUACGUAUAAUGCAGCUCCUGUCCUGUGUUGAAGAAGGAGGGGAUCUCGAUUGUAGGUUUGAUGAAAACGAGAACGAGACGCCGCUCGAAACGGCUGUUGGAAUAUUGGACUCAAUGAACCAGGAGAAGACCUUUCCUGCUGAUCUCAUCAAUACAAAUCAGCAAAUGCUUAAAGAGGCAGCGGUGGUUGCCUGUAUACAGAAGCAGCAGUUCAGCAGAGCCAAGAGCGUCCUCAAGAAGCACAUUGCGAACACCAGAAAUACAAGACAGCUGCGGGCAGAUCUGAUGCAUAUCAUCCAGGAGCGGAACAUAAAACAUCCAUUGAUUGCCAAUUUUUCCUUGUCUACAAUCAAAGACAAGGUUUACGAUAUGUUUGAGAGCCAGAUUCAGAAUAUUCCAUCCUUCUUGCUGACUCUUGCACAGAAAGAACCUGCAGAUUUAAAUGGGAAGUGCAAGGAACAUCUCGCCUCCGAUAAGCAGCCUGAGCAGAGUUUGGGAAACGUUUUGUCUUUAGAGGAAGAUUCCUUGACACCAGAUCUUGAGUCUCGGAUCUUGGUGUCCCAGAGCAGUGAUGUCACCAGUUCAGCAAAGGACAUUGGGUCAGAAGUAGACUGUGGUCCUACUUAUAGCCUGUCUGCUAUGAGAUCUAAGUUCUUAUUACUCUGUCAAGAUGACAACCCUGAUGUUAAAUUCAGACACCUUUGUGAGACAGACUUCUGUAGGGAAACCGCCUAUCUGCCAAGUGUCUCUAAUAACACGCAAAACAGUAAGAGCCACCGUGCUUGCUCCCCCAGAGAGGAGGCUUCAGUCCUAAAUGAGAAGGUACAGGGGAAAUGCUUGACUCUCCACCAGUUGGUCAUGGACCAGGACAGUCAAGUGGAAAGUGAAGAGGAAGAGAAACCUAAGGAGGAGAGUCCGAAGCCGCCCCAGCAACAGAAGCGCAGCAGUGCCGCCAUCCGAAGACUGUUCAACUCGCCCGCCACACACAAAAGAAGGAAAACAGCUCGAGUCUCGGAAAAGGAAAGUGUUGUGGAAGAGCAGGACACGUGGAGCGACGAGGAUGAUCUGUUCCAGAGAUCUUCAAAAUCUACCAACAGUACAAGCAGUUCUGGUAGGAGGAAGUGGACAAUAGAAGAAACUGAUUGGAUCAAGUCAGGAGUAGAAAAAUAUGGUGAAGGCAAAUGGGCCCAAAUCCUGAAGAACUAUCCUUUCCACCUGCGCACGGCGAUCAUGAUAAAGGACCGGUGGAGGACGAUGAAGAAGCUUUGUCUGGUGUGAGGGAGGCCUGACGGCGGCCACGUUUCGUGGAUCUCCACUUCCUGGUGUUGUGACUGCUGUAACUAUCAGUUCUAUUGUCUCUGGGAGACUGCGCUUCUUACCGUGUGCUGGACACACUCUGUAUUCAUGCCCUGGAAUUACCAGUCAUUGGGGGCCACAGUUCUAACAUGAUGUAGAUCCUGCUAUAUACCCUGUCUGACUGGGGGGGUCCGGCAGAUGUCACCGUAGCCAUAAAAAAUGACCUGUUCCUAUGUUAUCCAUGUUUUUAUGUUCAGACUUCUGGGAAAGCCUUGUGUAACACGCAGUUUGUCACGCAGCUUUCCUGGCGUACUCGUGGUGAGCGUCUGCCCGGCUAAGCAGCUGGUGAAUAUACUUCUACGUAUCUGGGUGGAAUUGCCAACGUACUUUAAAGGGGUUAUCCAAGACUAAUAAAUGCCAUCCCCCCAUAUGCCUGGGCCCCGCACAAUGAAUAUA